AUGGCGGCGCUCGCCUCUCCACAACAAAGUCCAUCUCGAUCACCAGUUGCCAUGUCUCGCCGCUGGGCUAGAAAAUGUGAACGCUACUGUUGCUUGGGAGCGACUUAUUUCCCUCUUGUCUUUGUGUAUUCUCUUACGACGUGGGCUGUGUGGGUAGAAGCGACAAUUGGGUUCUUGCCUGCGCAGAGCGCAUGGAUAGGAAGAGGAACCUCUUUACUCGGAAUUACGUUUUAUAUCCUUCUCAACUGGUCCUACACAACGGCGGUAUUUACGAGUCCGGGUACGACAACUGGAAAUAAUGGCUACAGCGCCCUCCCCACGCAUACACCCAACGCUACAAACUUCACCGUCAAAUCGAAUGGAGAGCUGCGUUACUGCAAGAAAUGCCAGACCCGGAAACCCGAUCGCGCACAUCACUGCUCGACCUGCAAAACAUGUGUUCUGAAAAUGGAUCAUCACUGCCCAUGGUUGGCAACGUGUGUCGGAUUACGGAAUUACAAAGCCUUCCUCCUCUUCCUUGGCUACACGACACUCUUCUGCUUCCUGUCUUUUGCGGUCUCAGCAACUUGGGUCUGGAGGGAGAUAUUGAACGAUGGGGAAUAUACAGAAUCGUUGAUGCCCAUCAACUAUGUCAUGCUGGCUGUCGUAUCUGGGAUUAUUGGCCUUGUCCUAGCAGGAUUUACGGGGUGGCAUAUUCUGUUGGCCUCGCGAGGGCAGACGACGAUUGAAUGUUUGGAGAAAACUCGAUAUCUAUCGCCGCUCCGGAAAUCUUUGCAGCACCAACAUAUUCCUCAGAACCAUGGGAGCAAUGGCUCGGAAUAUGGCCAGCCGAUGACCGAUUUACAUCCAGAUGGAAGCUCAAGAAUGGGAACAACUGAAGGUGGAGAUGUAUACCAAGGCGAGCCUAGGCAUCAAACAUACGAUGCAUAUGAACGCCAGCGAGCACGUGAACGGUACGAGGAAUAUCUAGAUGAGCAAGAUGCUGAGAAGCUACCGAGUGCAUUUGAUCUUGGAUGGAGGAAGAAUUUACUCCAUUUGUUUGGAACGAGGAAGGCGCUGUGGCUAUUUCCGAUUCGCACUACCAUUGGGGAUGGAUGGAGUUGGGAGCCGAGCCCGAAAUGGUUAGAAGCUAGAAAUCGAAUCGCUCGAGAGCGAGAAGCUCAACGUCGAAUCGAGCAUGCUGCAGGUUGGGGUGAACCCCUAUCGCCAGAGCCGCCCACGAGUCGGGCGCCUGAUGGAGCUGGAAGACACUAUGUGUCUUCAUAUCCUGCCAGAGUACAAUCCAAAGCAGACAGAGUACUGGGGCGGACGCCAGAUCAGUACCACGAUGCGGGUGGAGUGGAAUUGACAGGGUCAAAUAACGUUUCCUUGCAAACUCUACAACCACGUCGAAACCGAGACGAUCACUAUGAAGAUAUCAGCAGCGAUGAAGAUGAGGGUGAACAGCUUUCUUUGGACCGUAAACUUCCUGUUGGAUGGCCCCAGAAGAUUCAAAAGGUUGGCCUCGUUACGAACGCUCUACUGGGUAAUACAGGGCCCAGGCAGAAGGACGAUACAAGAGAAUGGGACGGCUAUGAUGAUGGGGUGGAUUGA